AGCGCGCUUAUUUUGUAGGCAUAAGGUUAUGCUAUUUCAAAAUUAACGUGGAUUUGUUCUGUUUUGUGUUGUAAAUGCGUGUGUAGUUUUCUGCAAUUUUGGACUUUUUUUUGUCAAAAAAGACAAAUAAUUGUGAACAUUAUGAAACAAGUGCAUUGUCGAAUAUAGUGAAGUCCAUAGGAAAUCUUACGCGUCCUUUGUAUAAAUUUUUUUUUUUUUUGUGUGUGUAAAAAAUGGAGCCUCGUGCUUGGAAGAAGUUGCUCCUGAAAUGGGUGAACGAGUGCCAUUUCAUUGAGAAUAUCACAUCUCUAGAAGAUUCAGAUAUUGAAGCCUUUUAUGCCAUCUAUGAGCAGUACGCUAAUUUUGAACCUGGUCAAAAUUCAUCAUGUUUGGAACCUCUACAAAUAUUUCUAAAAGAUAUCUAUGCAGAUUUCACACCCAUAUUCGAUGGCGAAUGCCGAGUAGCAACGACAGAUUAUGUUUAUGUUUAUACACUGUUAAUGCAUUAUACUUGCGUUCAGAAGCCCAACAAAUACUUUCACAAUAUCUGCAAAAAUUUACCAGAGACUGUGCAGCAAUGUAUCGCGGAAUUUUUUAAGCAGACUGUAGAUGGAUUGCAGCUGACACGAGAUUGCCUGCAGCAGACCAUUGCCAAUAUCCAAAUACAGAAUGACAUUGAUGAGGACAGUUUUCUAGUUCCUCUAGUUCCACAGAGCUCAACACCGGAUCGUUUAACUAUGCAUCGCAAUGGUAAUUGCAGUUCGUCCAUCACCAGCAUCACACCAUUGCCAAGGGAUGUCACAAACUGUUUAUCUAUAUCACUUGCGGACAGCAGCAACAACAAGGAUUCGUCUUCAAUAGUUAGUGCGACGAUGGAGAACUCAUCCGCGUCGCUGCUGCAGCGAGAGCGCCGCAGCGCAAUGAACGAAAUCCCAAUGUGUGCUCCGGCAACUCCAAAAACUGAGUUGCUUGAUCAGCGGACGCGAGAAUUAUUUGGAUUGCGAGCUCAACUUGAAACAGAGAGGUACGAAAAAACUGUCUUAGAAGAGCAAGUUCUGGAAACUGAGAGUCUAAUGAAAAAACUUACUAGAGAGAACGCAGAGCAAAAGAAACAACUAAUAAUGCUGAAGGCGACACUAGCAAACGAUAACGAAGAUGAGCAUAACUAUGCGACCAAUGAGUUUGACAAUAUGAAACGACGUUUGAUGAAUGAGCUUAGCAAGAAAGAAAAUAUACUUUCCGAGAAAAGCGAACAGUUACAAGAGCUGAGAGCCGAACAUGACAAGCUGGUCGUGAAGUUUAAGGUGUCCGAGAAACAGGUGCUUGUGUGUAUGGAUCGCAUCAACGAACUCGAACAGCGUCUAAAUAGUUCGGAGCAAUUGCUAAGAGAAAGGGGCGACGAAAUGGAGCAUCUUGCGAACGACAAACUGGAGUUAGAGCGGUGUCUUCAAGAGGCCCGCAAUGAACUACAAAAUGGGCGUGAAGUGCUGAAUGCUUCGUCGGAUCUAUUAGAUACUUCACAAUUGCAAAGCAGCAUGAAUACGACUCCAGAAAAUUUAGCAUCCUCCGUAAUAGACAAACAAUUACGUGAAAAGGAAUUGGAGAAUGAUCAGCUGCGUUCUGUGCUUGAACUGAAUUCGCAGGAAAAGGAACGUAUUGAAAGUCAACUUUUGCAGCUCGUAUUUAAAUAUAAAUUAGAAAAGUCUAAGGAGACGGCACCUGAGAAGACUGCUGAAAAAUCACAAUCGCAUAUGCUGCAUAUUAUCGAGCAACGUAUGGAACAAUUGAAUGUUAAGGUGGAGCAAGAGCACCAACGGGCUAAUGAAUUGCAAUCUCAAUAUAACACAAUGCAGCAACAGAAUAUCGAUAAUAAUAAUUACAUACAAAAUUUGAAAAGCGAUGUAGAAAAAUUAAAUUGUGAAUUGACAGCGAGUCAGGCCAAUUUAAAGAAUACCACUGAGAAAAUGCUGCAAGCUGAAAAAGACAUUCAGAUGCGUCUCAACACCGAAUUGGAGCGCUCGAAACAGUUCAGUAUACAAAUUGCUGAGCUGGAGCGUGAUCUAGAGACACAAUCCCAAACAUAUAAGCACAAGCAUGAACAGCUGGAACAAGAUUUACUGGCUGUUAAGGCAAGCAAAUUACAAGUGCAAGAGGAACUACAAACCAAAGUGAAUGACUUUCAAAAACAAUUAAAAGAGCUACAACAAGAUCUGGAGAACUCCGGAAAAAAUUGCCAGAAGUUUGAGCAGAUAAUUCUAGAUCAAAAACUUUCAAUAAUCCGCGAGAAGGAAAUACAGAUGGAGCAGGAGGCUGCAGCAAUUGCUGAAAUAACAAAUAAGUAUAGGAGUGAACAAAUGUUGCUUCAACAACAACUGGAUCUCGCCAGGCAAGAGCUUGAAAACCAGAAACUGGAGCAGACUCAAGUAGAAAACGAACUCAGCACUGCCAAGAUAAAGCAAGCACAACUAGAAAAUGAAAUACAUGUAAAUAAUUUAAAAAUUACCGAGUACGAGACGAAACAUGAACGAGAACUAAAGCAGCAAAGUGACAUCCAGAGACAACAAUUGGAAGAAUCGGAAAAGAAGAUCAGUGACUUACAACACCAAUUGAAAGAAGGUUUGAAAAACUUGGACCAAUGUGAUAAACAAUUGUUGGAUGAUCGCAAAUUACUGGACGAUCAGAGAAAUAAAUGUGAGCGUUUAGAAAUACAACUUAAGAAACAAGAAGGAGAUCUUAAGCAGAAAUCCGAUGAACAGAAACAACAAUUAGAAGAAUCAGAAAAGAAGAUCACCGACUUACAACAGCAAUUGACGGAAGAGAUGAAAAGUUGGAGCAACGUGAUGAUCAAUUGCUACAUGAUCGUAAAUUACUGGACGUUGAACGAAAGAAAUGUGAACAUUUGGAAUGUGAACUUAAGCAGAAAUCCGAUGAACAGAAACAACAAUUGGAAGAAUCAGAAAAGAAGAUCGCAGACUUACAACAGCAUGAACGAAGCGAGAGAUAAGUUGGCACAGCAUGGCGAACAAUUGUUGGAUGAUCGCAAAUUACUGGAUGAUCAAAGAAAUAAAUGUGAGCGUUUAGAAACACAACUUAAGAAACAAGAAGGAGAUCUUAAGCAGAAAUCCGAUGAACAGAAACAACAAUUAGAAGAAUCAGAAAAGAAGAUCACCGACUUACAACAGCAAUUGACGGAAGAGAUGAAAAAGUUGGAGCAACGUGAUGAUCAAUUGCUACAUGAUCGUAAAUUACUGGACGUUGAACGAAAGAAAUGUGAACAUUUGGAAUGUGAACUUAAGCAGAAAUCCGAUGAACAGAAACAACAAUUGGAAGAAUCAGAAAAGAAGAUCGCAGACUUACAACAGCAAUUGAACGAAGCGAGAGAUAAGUUGGCACAGCAUGGCGAACAAUUGUUGGAUGAUCGCAAAUUACUGGAUGAUCAAAGAAAUAAAUGUGAGCGUUUAGAAACACAACUUAAGAAACAAGAAGGAGAUCUUAAGCAGAAAUCCGAUGAACAGAAACAACAAUUAGAAGAAUCAGAAAAGAAGAUCACCGACUUACAACAGCAAUUGACGGAAGAGAUGAAAAAGUUGGAGCAACGUGAUGAUCAAUUGCUACAUGAUCGUAAAUUACUGGACGUUGAACGAAAGAAAUGUGAACAUUUGGAAUGUGAACUUAAGCAGAAAUCCGAUGAACAGAAACAACAAUUGGAAGAAUCAGAAAAGAAGAUCGCAGACUUACAACAGCAAUUGAACGAAGCGAGAGAUAAGUUGGCACAGCAUGGCGAACAAUUGUUGGAUGAUCGCAAAUUACUGGAUGAUCAAAGAAAUAAAUGUGAGCGUUUAGAAACACAACUUAAGAAACAAGAAGGAGAUCUUAAGCAGAAAUCCGAUGAACAUAAACAACAAUUGGAAGAAUCGGAAAAGAAGAUCACCGACUUACAACAGCAAUUGACAGAAGGCUUGAAAAAGUUAAAGCUACGUGAUGAACACUUGUUGGAUGAUCGCAAAUUACUGGACGAUCAACGUAAUAAAUGUGAGCGUUUAGAAAUACAACUUAAGAAACAAGAAGAAGAUCUUAAGCAGAAAUCCGAAGAUCAGAGACAACAAUUGGAGGAAUCAGAAAAGAAGAUCGCAGACUUACAACAGGAAUUAAAAGAAGCGAGAGAUAAGUUGGCACAUCAUGAUGAACAAUUGUUGGAUGAUCGCAAAUUACUGGAUGAUGAAAGAAAUAAAUGUGAGCGUUUAGAAACACAACUUAAGAAACAAGAAGAAGAUCUUAAGCAGAAAUCCGAAGAUCAGAGACAACAAUUGGAAGAAUCCGAAAAGAAGAUCGCAGACAUACAACUUCAUUUGACGGAAGAGAUGAAAAAAUUGGAGCAACGAAAUGAACAAUUGCUGCAUGAUCGUAAAUUACUGGACGUUGAACGAAAGAAAUGUGAACAUUUGGAAUGUGAACUUAAGAAACACGAAGAUCUUAAGCAGAAAUCCGAUGAUCAGAAACAACAAUUGGAGGAAUCAGAAAAGAAGAUCGCAGACUUACAACAGGAAUUAAAAGAAGCGAGAGAUAAGUUGGCACAUCAUGAUGAACAAUUGUUGGAUGAUCGCAAAUUACUGGAUGAUGAAAGAAAUAAAUGUGAGCGUUUAGAAACACAACUUAAGAAACAAGAAGAAGAUCUUAAGCAGAUAUCCGAAGAUCAGAGACAACAAUUGGAAGAAUCCGAAAAGAAGAUCGUCGACUUACAACAGCAAUUGACAGAAAGGUUGAAAAAGUUGGAGCAACGUGAUGAACAAUUGUUGGAUGAUCGCAAAUUACUGGACGUUGAACGAAAGAAAUGUGAGCGUUUAGAAAAUCAAAUAAAACAUUUAGAAGCGAAGCAUUUCGUUGGCGAAAAAGAUAUUAAGGAUACACUUGCCAAAAAGGAGGAGGAACUGGAGAAAAUUAAGACGCAACUCGAUCUCACCACCAAGCGUUUGGAAAAAAUGGCCGUAAAGCUUGGCGAACAUCAAGCUGUCUUAUCCAAAAAGCAAAGAGAGAUUAAUCAAGCCAAGGUCGGCCAGGACGAGCAAUGGGAUCUACUUCGAACAUUACAACAUGAGAAGGAAAGCCUGCAGUUGGAAUUACGGCAGAACAAAGAGCGUGUAAAACGUGCUGAGGAUAAAUUGAUUAAUUUAGAACAUCAACGUUGUUCAGAUGAGGCAGAACGUGUUGCCAAACACGAUCGAAUGAUUGAGCUCGAGAAAACUUGCGAAAACUUGGAAAUGAAGCGAAUCGAGCUUGAGCAACAAUUAAAAAUUACUGAACAGGAAAAGCUUCGACUUAGUCAGGAGGCUGAGCAUCGAACCAAUGGUAUUGAAAGCGCUUCAAAACAAAAAGACGAAGAAGUUAAACUUUGUCUCAAAGAUGUUGGCGUUAACACUUCAGACACAUUGUGUGCAAAACCAAAAGUAGAUUGCAGUGCUCAGACUUCUUCCGAGAACGAUAAUAAACCAUUCUCUAGCCAAAUCGAUGCAAAUACACAAAAUAAGUUGCAUGUUGCUGAGCUGCAAUUAUCUGAAGCUAUGAAGGAACUUGAUCACACUCGACAAGCACACAAAAAUGUUCAGAGCGAACUGGAUGCCGUACUUGCUGAAAUACGAAUUAGCCGCGAGACAUUGCAAAAGACAAGGGAGCAAAUGACGCAAGAAAAUGCUAAGAGGCAGCAGCUGGAACUUGAUUGCCAGAUACUGCAGGCAAAGUAUCGUGAUUCCAAAGAAGAGAUUGGACGCUUUGAGCAAAAGUUGAAAGACCAGCGUCUGGAAAUGGAAGGCAAAUUAGAUAAAAUGAAAACAAAAAUGCGCACACUCUACAUGGCGGAGGUGACACGGAUGAAGGAGAAACAGGAGAGCGAUACAGCCGGUGUGAAGGCCGAACUGGAAAAAGUGAAUGCUCAGAAUGCCAAGUAUGAGGAACACACGAGGAAGCUUUCCAAUCAAAUUGUGCGUCUUAAUGAAAAGAUUUUGGAUCAGCAGAAACAAGAAGCUUUGCUGAGUACAAAGUUGCGUCACUUGCAAGAAGCUCAGCAAGCGGCAAGCGAGGAAUGGCAACCAUUUAAACGUCCAAGUGCGCCUUCUGCUAAUUUGGGUAGUAAUCUGACUAUGGAGGACGAAGAAGGGGAGGUCUUCAAUAAUACGUAUUUGACAGAUCUAAAGACGGGUCGUGUGCCAAAUAUCACCACUGAGGAACUACAAUAUCGUAAUUCAUUGCAGCCGCCGCAUUUGAAGAGCACGUAUGCGGCACAGUACGACGUAGGUGUUCAGGAAGAUGAUCUCAAAGACUGUCAACUCAGCCUCGAUGAUAGCAUGAGUGCACUGCUAACAGGCAAUGGUGGCGGUGCCAAUGCGCGCAAAAAGUCCAUAGGCACACAUUACAAACGUCCGGGUCCUCCAACGCCCAGUAAAAAUGGUGGCCGCAUGUCCUUUGGCAGCUCCGAGCCGCCGCGCGAAGUAUUACGCGAAACGUAUGAAAAUGGCUCGGCCAAAACGCCGGCGCGCUUUAAAAUGUUUGCCUCACGCUUCAGCAUGGGCAGCAGCAGCACAAGUGGGACAGGCGGCGGCGGUGCAGGUGGCGGUGGCGGUGGUGGUAAUUUCUUGCCCCGCGAUGAGCAGCAGCCUCAACAUCGCCAGUUAUGGACUGUGCAAGGCCGAAAACUGCAUCUUGCAUCUGGUUCCGAUGGCCGUUUUUGCACAUCAACGCCUAGAAACGUUAAACGACAAUUGAACUAUGAUCGCCAGCGUUUGAUCUUACAUGAUAAUGGCGAAUCAGCAUCGGAACACCAUCAGAAUGCGAAUGGCACACCACAUUUGUCCAAUGCCGAGCUGCUGGCAUCGACCAACCGGCGACGCCGCCGUUUAGUUUCCACAAGCAGUGCAGACAGCAGCAGCGCUGCAUCUAUUCAAAGCAACAAUGUCGCAAGCCAAGACAAAUGUACUGAGAAGGCGCGAGUUACAUUUUGCCUGCACGGGAACAUCUUUGCCAAGGGCAGAUCACGCAUCAAGCCCUCGCUUACAAAAGCGACUGUGGCCUAUCGACGUCUGGAGCUGCAAAGGAAAAUUCGAGAAAAACGCUUUGGACGUUUUGAUCAGGAGCGUCAACUAGAACUUUGUGAUAAAACGGAUGAUUCGCAGGAAGAGAACACAAUAUCGACCCUAAGUGAGCAUAACGACAAUGAUAACAACGCUAACUGCAUUGCCGAGCACAAUCGUAACUAUUCGGUUGUGGAUGUGACGUGUUUGUUUGCCAAUCUUUUUCUCAACGACGACAUGGAUGAAACUGAGAUGGUAUCUGAAGUGGAACCUAAGAUGGAAUCUGAUAUAGAAUCUGAGACGCAAUCUGAGAUAGCAUCUGAGACGCAAUCUAUGUUGUUGCCCCGAAGUGUGCCUAAUGCAGCCAUUACUUUUAAUGUUGAGACGUCGACUACGAAUAACUCAUACUGGCGCUGGUCGCCAGAAUUACGAUUGCACAAACGCUUUUGGAGCAGAAUCCUUCUUGCACUCGUCGUCUUAAUAGCGAUAGGGUUGAGAUUUCUCAUGGAUUUCAACUGAUCUCCCCUCUCCAUUAAGCAUAGAUAAUUUCAUCGAUUCUAACAUCACCAUCGAGUACAGUCAUCCUCGUCUUGGAUCACAUUCAGAGCCAUCGCUUACCGCAGUUUACUGCAACCACAAAUACAUAUAUACAUUACAUUCACAAACUCCCCAAUCAAAUGGAUCUUCGAUUAUGCCGUCACGGAUAUUAUAUAAGCUACAUACAAUCAAGUUCUCGUACUCUUUAAUCAUGUCAUCAUAGAUGCAAUUUUUUAAGUCAAUUGUUAAUCUCAAUGAAAUGCUGUUUAACAGGAUAAUCGAAUGACUACAGGCAGUGUAACUUUUCACAAUUCACAUUUUUUUCUCAUAACAUUUGCACAUUUCUUUCGUCCACUUGCAGAAUUCUCCUCCUAAGCGACGCCUUAGUAACAUGUUCAAGCGCAAGUAGUCAAUCCAAUCUUCAACAAACAUUCGAUUAGAUUAGUCAUUACCAUUUUCGGUUUACUAACAAUACACUUAAUAAAAUGUCAUUUAAAAUUUUCGUAAAUGACAUAUUUAGUAUGUUUCCAGUAUUAAUUAAUAAGCACAAUUUUUUGUGUGCAAUGAAGACGCAACUAACUUAUAAUUAAUUAUAUAUAAUAUUAAGAGAAUCCAU